UGGGGCUAGGCAUUAAUUUAAAUGGAGGCCGAUCUGUCUGAAGCGGAUCCCGCACACCGUAAGGCGUUUGCACUCUUAACGGGAGCUCCCACGGACAAGUUGAGUGAGAAGGUCGAGGACGACACCAUGCCAAUCCGCAGGGCUGUUAAUUCUUCUGCUCGGGAAACGCCUCCCAAAAGCAAACCUGCUGAAGCGGAAGAGGCCAAGCCAAAGCCUGAUGUCAGUUCAGAAGAAUCUGCUUCCACCGUAGAGGAGCGGGGGAACGGAACUCCGCCGGCCACGUCGAGUGAGGCAGAAGCACCGAAGGAGGCCGAGGCAGGCGAGAAGGCAGGCGAGAAGCCCGCCGAGGAAGCCCAGAAGGAGGAGAAGGAUCCAGCAAAAGAGAAAGAGAAGAAAGUGAAGAAGACCAUUCCUGCCUGGGCAACACUCUCAGCCAGCCAGCUAGCAAGAGCGCAGAAGCAGACGCAGAUGGCAGCCUCCUCCCGCCCCAAGAUGGACGCCAUUCUGAUCGAGGCCAUCAAGGCGUGCUAUCAGAAAGGGGGCGCGUCGGUUGUGGCCGUUCGUAAGUACAUCAUCCACAAGUACCCUUCGCUGGAACUGGAGAGAAGAGGCUACCUCCUGAAGCAGGCCCUGAAGAGGGAGCUGGAGCGGGGAGCCAUCCGACAGGUGAAAGGAAAGGGGGCCUCUGGGAGCUUUGUGGUGACCCCAAACUCAGGGAAAACUGCUCUGAAAUCCAGAGAUCGGAAGAGGAGCGCUUCAGCUUCCGGACCAGAGCAGCAAGUGAAGCUGGAAGACGUCCUCCCGCUGGCCUUCACCCGCCUCUGUGAGCCAAAGGAGGCUUCCUACAGCCUGAUUAAAAAAUAUGUCUCUCAAUAUUACCCCAAGCUGAAGGUGGAUGUGAGGCCCCAGUUGCUGAAGAAUGCCCUGCAGAGAGCAGUGGAGAAAGGCCAGCUGGAGCAGAUCACCGGCAAAGGGGCUUCCGGGACAUUCCAGCUGAAGAAAUCCGGGGAAAAGCCCCUGCUGGGCGGGAGCCUGAUGGAGGAUGCGAUUCUCUCUGCCAUUGCGGCCAUGAACGAGCCCAAGACCUGUUCCACCACUGCCCUGAAGAAGUAUGUCUUGGAGAAGCAUCCAGGGACAAACUCCAGCCUCCAGGUCCACUUACUGAAGAGGACCCUGCAGAAAUGUGAGAAGAAUGGCUGGAUGGAGCAGAUCUCUGGGAAGGGCUUCAGCGGCACUUUCCAACUCUGCUUCCCCUACUAUCCCAGCCCCGGAGUUCUGUUCCCAGACAAACAGAAAGGGGACAGCUCAGAGGAGGAGGAGGAAGAGGAAUCUGAGGAGGAAGAGGAGUCCGAGGAGGAAGAGGAAUCUGAAGAGGAAGAGCCACCUCCAAAGAAAAAGAUGCAGAAGCGGCCCCCGCCGAAAGCGCGGAACCGGGCCCCUCCGGUGAAGCGGCGAGAGUCCAAGCCCAAGCCCCGCAAGGCCCCUGCAGCACACCGUGGGAAAGCCAGGCCCCCGCCUGCGGUCAAAGCCCCUGCCAAGAAAGCCAAGCCAGCACCCCCCCGGGCUGCUGUCAAGAAGCCCCCUGGCAGCAGCCCUGCCCCCAAGAAGUCAGCUGUCAGCCCCAAAAAGGAGGGGAAGCCCCCUGCCAAGAACACCAAGCCCACCAUGCGCAAGUCCCUGCGGGCAAAGAAGUAA